CACGCCCCCGGGCUGGCAGAGCGGCAGAGCGUGAGCCCUCCCCCUUGGAGCUUGGGGGAGGAGGGGAGGGUUUAUUUGGCGGCGUGCUGGGGCAGCCAGGGCACUGCCUGUGAGGGGAGGCCGGCGCCGGCCCAGCCCGCGGGAUCGGGAGCGCGUCUGCGUCUGCCCCGUGUCUUGUGUUGCCUGCGCACCGUGGUGCCGGUCGUGCUGCGGCUCCAGGCUCACCCUGCCUGCACAUGCGUGGGCGGCGGAUAGACGCCCCCUGGGGCUGUGUCUCCGCACGGGGACCCUGAGUGCCAGCUGCAUUGCCGCCCCCAUGAGCGCAGCUGGGUGUCCCCGCUCACCACGCUGAGCCACCACCAAGGUCUGGAGCCGCGGGGCGCCAUGCACUGGGCUUGGGCUGCCGCCGCUGUGGCCCUCUGGCUGCAGCUCACGCUCCUCGGGGGUGUCGGGGCGCGACGGGAGCCCAAGAGGCCACGGCCGCCCAGCCAGCGCACUGAGCCCCCCACCGCCACCACGUCCAACAGUGAGGGGCUGCUGGGCUCCCCCGAGCCACCUGAGGCCCUGGGGUCUGAAUUCUCAGACGCCCACACAACAUGGCUGAACUUCGUCCGGCGGCCAGAUGAAGGGGCCUCGAAGAAACGGUGCCGGGGCCGGGACAAGAAGUCGCGAGGCCUCUCUGGCCCCCCUGGGCCCCCCGGGCCCCCGGGGCCCCCCGGACCCCCCGGUGCUGUAGUCACCCAGGAGGCCCUGCUGCGAGAGUUUCAGGAAAUGCUGAAAGGUGAGGCCCCUGUCCCAGACUCUUCCCGCCUGGGCCCUGCGGGUGACCCCACUCUGACCCCAAGAUGCUGCCCUCACCUUUGCCCCGCAGAGGCCACCGAGCGCCGGUUCUUGGGGCUGCUGGGCCCAUGGCUGCCUGAGGGGACAGGCAGGCAGCUGGUGGCCGAGGCCUUCCACUGUGCACUGAAGGGCCCCGUGGUGGUGGACGAGAAGACGCUGGUGGAGUUGCAUGGCUUCCAGGCUCCCACGGCCCAGGGCGCCUUCCUGCGGGGGUCUGGCUUGAGCCUGGCCUCAGGCCGGUUCACAGCCCCAGUGACCGCCAUCUUCCAGUUUUCUGCCAGCCUGCAUGUGGACCACAGGGGGCUGCAGGGCAGGGCGCGGCCACGGGCGCGGGACACAGUGCGUGUGCUCGUCUGCAUUGAGUCCCUGUGUCAUCGACACACGUCCCUGGAGGCCAUCUCGGGCCUGGAGAGCCGAGGCAGGGUCUUCACCGUGCAUGUGGAGGGGCUGCUGCAGCUGCAGGCUGGACAGUAUGCCUCCGUCUUUGUGGACAACGGUUCCGGGACAGCCCUCACCAUCCAGAGUGGCUCGAGCUUCUCUGGCCUGCUCCUGGGCACGUGAGGGCCAGACACGCCAGGAGCAGCUGCUGGCCCACCCACCCCCGCUGUCCGUUGUUAAACCUGUGGUCACAGCAAUAAAGAGCUCUCAGCCCUCCCUGUCGCCUGGUUACUGUGUCGUCAUGGAGGUGGGGUGGGUGGGCAGCCCUAGAAGGACAUGAGGUCUCCUGUCCAGUCUUGGAGGCAGCAGCCGAUGGACACCUGCAGG